CUCUUUAAGGCGCGUGUCUGCUGUUGCUGCUGCUGCUGGCUCGCAUUGUGUGAGAGGAAAAGCACGCCACCGCCACCGCCUCAGAACAUGCCUUAAUUAUACUGCAGGAAAAAAAAAAGUUCACGUAAACAAGAGGAUAGAUAACGGUUUGUAACUUAACAGACUCCUGCACAAGUUUUAUAGUGACACGUAAACGUUAUUGCUGGGAGUGAAAACUUCCUCGACCAGGCUAGGGCUGAAUGCCAAAUGGCUGCUCAUUCCCUUUGUGGGAUGCGGUUUGCUCGGAGCGGGAUGCAGUCGACCUGGACACACACGGCACUGUUUGUGGCGUUUCUUGUGUUUUUGUCUGGACUUUCCCUUUCUUCUGCUUGCAAUAAAGCCUUGUGUGCCAGUGACGUCAGCAAGUGUCUAAUACAGGAGUUGUGCCAAUGCAGGCCGUCAGAUGGGAACUGUUCAUGCUGUAAGGAGUGUAUGCUGUGUCUGGGCACGCUGUGGGAGGAGUGCUGUGACUGUGUGGGCAUGUGCAACCCGAGGAACUACAGUGACACCCCCGCCACCUCUAAGAGUACAGUGGAGGAUCUCUACAGGCCCAUUCCCUCCCUAUUCAGAGCGCUCACUGAGGGUGAAGCCCCCAUCAACAUGAUGGUGGUCUCUUUUCCUGUGGCAGAGGAACUGUCUUACCAUGAGAGCCUGGUCUCCUUCUUGGAGACCAUGGAAGAUCAGCAUCAGAAUGUUUCAUUGCCUGGCAACAGCAUUCAUUCUAGUUAUGAUAACACUCAAGAAAACAUGUGCACAGUAGUGUACUUUGAUGACUGUGUUUCGAUUCGUCAGUGUAAGCAGUACUGUGAGUCGAUGGGAGGCUCAAAGUACCGCUGGUUUCACAACGCGUGCUGCGAGUGCAUUGGGCCCGAGUGUAUCGACUAUGGCAGCAGAGCAGUGAAGUGCAUGAACUGUCUCUUCUGAACCACUAGCCUUUGAGUGUUGUGGAUGCUCAUACUCCUGCCACAAGAGGGCACAAUGACGGGACCUUAGGCUCAGGAGACACUGACCUGGGAUUGGGAAAAAGAGGCGACAAUCAUGUAAAUUACAAGCCCUUGUAUUUUUGCUCUUUGUAUUAACCUUUUACACUUUGUUUCAUAGGUUUCUAGAAAAAAUAUAUAUGGAUUUUGUCUUUUGUAUUUUUCUUGUAAAUCAUUGCAUAGCCAGUGGCUCUUCAAACCAUAUUCAGAUGGCGGUGUCAAAUGCCAAACUAAUGCUUUUUAUCGUGUGUUAACUGUUACCGACUUUAUUCAUGUUUACUAAUUAACCCUAGUUGUUAAAUCUUUGUUGACAGAUAUCAAGGUACUAAAUGGGGGGAAAAAAUCAGAAAAGUCCCUGUAAUAUUGCAGGCAAUCAUACAAUAGCACAUGGCAUGUUGAAACUAUUGCAGAUGCAGUGAAGGUUAUAGUGAAGGUUGGUUGAGAUAUUCUUAGUUGUAAUUCCUCUGCGCCUCAGAUGAAGGGACUGGAGCCAUAUACACGAAGCGUUUGUGACUGAGUGCCAUUUCUUAUGUUUCUGCUUUUAAUACAUAGAUAUGACGAGGAAGCAAACAGGAGACCUGUCCUUAUAUCAGCACUCUAGUUAAGCCCUGUGAAUAUUGGCCCAGAGGUUGUAUGUGUAAGACAUGUAUUUGGAAAAGACUACCGCUUUAGGAUUCAUUUUAGCUGUUAUAUCCUAAUGAGCAGUAUGGGUGUUUCAGUACUGUUACUUCAAGGUACUUUAUGCAUAUUGACCAAGGUUGCUAUUCCCAAAAAACCUGCAUGUUCAUAUUUUGUUUUGCAGUAAUCCUCAUUAAAAAACAAGAAACA